AUGAAGUGGCUUGGGAUCCUCGGGCUGCUGGCCCUCUCAGAGUGCCUAGUCAUAAUCCCUCUAAGGAAGAUCAACACCUUGCGAGAAACCCUCAGGGAGGAAAACCUGCUGACAAAUCUCCUGGAGGAGAAUAUGGAUGGCAGAUCCCAGAAUGAAACUGAUGACCCAAAAAUUUAUCUUCACCCCCUGAGGAACCAUGAGGAUCUGGCCUACUUGGGAAACAUCACCAUUGGAACGCCCCCUCAGGAGUUCAGGGUCCUCUCUGACACAGGAUCAGCUGACUUGUUGGUGUUCUCCAUCUAUGACUCCAGCCUUGCUUGCCGUGCUAAGAAGCUCUUCAACCCUCACUUGUCCAGAACCUUCCAGGGCACACAGGAGCUCUUCUACAUCAGAUAUAGCUGUGGGAGUAUUUUUGGAUCUCUUGGCUAUGACACCAUCCAGAUCGGGAACCUUGCCAUCCAGGGCCGGAGAUUUGGGCUGAGCAGGUGGAAGAAUGGGUCUACAGAGACACCUUUUGAUGGCAUUCUGGGCCUGGGUUAUCGCAGCCUGGCCCUCGAAAUGACUACCCCCAUCUUUGACAACUUGAUGGCACAAGGCGUCAUUUCUCAUCCUGUCUUUGCCUUCUACUUGGGCGACCAGAAGGAGAAUGACAGCAUGGUGAUGUUUGGUGGGGUGGACCACAGCUACCACAAAGGAGAGCUCGAGUGGAUACCAGUGUCUCAAACCCACCACUGGCAGAUGACCAUGAACCGCAUCACCAUGGACAGAAUGGUUAUGGGUUGUUUCAACGGCUGCCAGGCCAUUCUGGAUACCUGGACGGUGUUGUUGGUUGGCCCAAGUACACUGGUCCGCAACAUCCAGAAGCUCAUCAACGGCACACGUUUUGGUCGAGAGUAUGUGGUUCCAUGUAGCUCCAUCACACAACUGCCUGACUUCAUCCUCAACAUCAACGGCACUGACUACCCAGUGCCCGCUGAAGCCUACAUCUGGAAGAGUCCUCAGGGCUUCUGUGCCACCAACUUUCAAGAGCACCCAGAGCCCUCAACCAAGACAGAGACCUGGAUCCUUGGUGCCAUCUUCCUGAGACUGUAUUUCUCGGUUUAUGAUCGGGGAAACAACAGCAUUGGUCUGGCUCCUGCAGUGUAA